UCACCCAUUCUACUUUGAGUUCCCGCAGACUGAAGUCUCAGAGGGAAUGCUCCGCUGUUCCUUGACUUUACACGUUGGACUAAUCCUACUUGGCCUUACUUUUAUUGAAUACACUAGGUUUUGAAAACAAGAACAGGGAUAACGAUACAUAAAAAGGUAACAUACUACUUGUCAUUGUGGCACAAACAUGACUGAGGUGGAAAAUAACAUGACACAAGACAACAUGGUUGAUGUUGCCUAUGACAUGAGUGAUGAUACACACAAUAUAAAUGAUGUAAUACACAAUGAAAACGACACAACACAAGGGGAUAGUGAUGAAGCUUACAAAGACAAUGAUGAGACGCACAGCGAAAAUUAUGAAUCACAGGACAAGAAUGAACAAGAAGACAGUGACCGACCACACAAAGACCAGGAUUUAGCAUUCUGCGAAAAAGAGAAAUCAGACAGCAAGAACGAUGAACGACAUGAUAUGGACGAUGUGACACAUAAAGAAAAUGAUGAGGCACACAACAAUGAUAACAUGGCUAAUGGGGAUCCCACUGUCAAUGGUGUGCCUCAUAACUCAAACGAUGAGGCAACAGAGAACAAUGAUAUGACGCAGAAUACAAAUGAAGGCUCACAGAACAUCUCUGAAGUUCUACUGAAACAGGAGAAACUGCUUGGCUCCAAAAAGGCAGUGGCUCGUAGUUAUGUGCCGAAGCUGAACAAGGGCGACGUGAAGAACAAGUUUGAGGCCAUGCAGAAGGCCAGGGAGGAACGCAGCAGGAAGAGGAACCAGGAUGAACACCAGAAGAGGAAGGAGCAGUACAUCAAGGAGAGAGAGUAUAACCGCAGGAAACAACAGAUAAAAGAACUGCUUGCCUCUAGUGAUGAAGAGGAGGAGGUGAAGCCGGUCAAGGUAGAGAAAUCCUACGUGCCCAAGAUUACAGGCAGUGUGAAGGGAAAGUUUGCCGAAAUGGAGAAGCAAAGACAGGAUGAGGAGAGGAAGAGAAUGGAGGAAGAGAGGAAGAAGCGGGCGACGCAGGACACCAUGGAGAAAGCCAAAAUUCAGAAGGAGCUGGCCAAGAAGGCUGCAGAGGAGGGAGAUGACACCAUACUGGUGCGGGUGGUGCCAGCCAAGCCCUCUCGACCUCCAGGCAGGAUCAAAAUGAACUUUGAGGAUUUGGAAAAGAAUCGUGAGGAGGAGCUAAAGAAGAGGACAGAAGAGGAGAAGAAAAAACGCUAUGAUGAGAACAGACGCUCCUUCAGAGAUGCCAAACGGCACUCUGUCGUUGUUCAGCCUGAUGAUGAGGACAAGCUUCCAGAGAAGGAGCAGGUUACUCCUGGAAAGCUGAAAUUGACCUUUGAGGAUCAGGAGAAGGAAAGACAGGAACACAUGAGGAGGAAGGCUGAGGAGGAGGCAAAACGGCGUUUAAUUGAAGAAAAGAGAGCCUUUGAGGAGGCCAAGUUGGAAAUGGGAGAAGAAGUGGAAGACUCCCAGGGUGCUCAGGAGGAGAAGGAGGAUUUCCGACCAGGAAAACUUAGGCUGAGUUUUGAGGAACUGGAGAGACAAAGGAUAGAGGAGGAGCGCAAGAAAGCAGAAGAGGAAGCCAAGAGACGCAUGAAGGAGGAGAGGAAAGCUUUUGCAGAGGCCAGGAAGAGCAUGAUGUUGGAUGAUGAUGAUGAGGUGUUGCUAGCCAUGCUGAACCUGGAGAGCAGUAAGCCAGGGAAGCUAUGUGUCAGCUUUGAGGAGAUGGAGCGCCAUAGAAGGGUGGAGGAACAAAAGAAGGCAGAGGAGGAGGCCAAGUGGAGGCUGGAGGAGGAGAAGAGACUCUUCGCAGAAGCUCGCAAGAGCAUGAGCCCGGGUGUGGAUGAAGGAAAAUACAAAGCUACAUAUAGACAUGGAGAUGGACAAGAUGUGGAGGACGUCAUGGUCAGGAGUGAGUCACAGGAAGCGCUGCAUCCAGGGAGACUGGAGAUCAACUUCGAGGAGUUGCUGAAGCUGAAACAGGAAGCUGAGAGGAGAAGCAAGGAGGAGGAGCGUAAAAAGAAAAUGGAGCAGGAGAAACUGGAGUUUAAGCAGCUUAGACAAGAGAUGGGAGAGGAUGAGGUCAACGAGAGCUCGGAUACUGUGAGUAAAGAAUAUGAGGAGCUGAGCAAGCUCAAGAGGACCGGUUCCAUCCAGGCCAAGAACCUGAAGUCCAAGUUUGAGAAGAUCAAGCAGUUGACUGAUGAGGAUAUACAGAAAAAGAUUGAGGAAGAGAGAGCACGGAGGAAGGCAAUUGAUGAGGAAAUCAAAGAGAGAGAGGCGGAACGAUUCCAGGAGGAGGAGGGUGACGAAGGAAAAGUGGAUGGCGGAAAGACAGAUGACUCUCCAUUCAAACAGAAGGUGGACAUGCGUGCCCGAUUUGAACAAAUGGCUAAAGCCAGAGAAGAAGAGGAGAAGAGAAGAGUAGAGGAACAAAAGCUCCAGAGGAUGCAAUUUGAGCAGCAAGAGAUUGAUGCCGCCCUCCAAAAAAAAAAAGACGAUGAAGAGGAGGAGGAGGGGAGCAUCAUCAAUGGCUCUGCCGCCUUUGAGGACGAGGAAGACCAUGCCAGGUCAGGGGCACCAUGGUUCAAAAAGCCACUGAAGAACCAAUCAGUGGUGGAUGCGGAGCCAGUUAGGUUUACCGUGAAAAUCACUGGGGAGCCAAAGCCGGAAGUGACCUGGUGGUUUGAGGGAGAGAUGCUCCAGGACUGUGAGGACUACCAGUACAUAGAGAGAGGAGAGACAUACUGUCUCUACCUGCCAGAGACCUUCCCAGAGGAUGAGGGAGAGUACAUGUGCAAAGCAGUCAACAGCAGGGGCACUGCUGCCAGCACCUGUAUCCUAACGAUAGAAACUGAGGACUACUGAUGCACUCCUCUUUAUGGAAGUUUCCCUGCUGUCUCCCAUUCUUUUUAAAAGUCAUCUCUGAUGGUAGGGCCAAACAGCAGAGGGAGUAAAUUAGCAGUAUGCUUGCCAUUCCUUCAAGGGAGAAAUAAACAACACGAAAAAUAUAAGAUGUUGUUGUUUACGUAUUGCUUAUCAGUAAAGCUGCACUCCCCGUUAGAAUAGUAGGAAAUCUGUGCCAAAGCAAACGUUUUUCCCAUUAUUGAUUAAAGUAAUAGCGCAUAGGUCAUAGGGAUUAUAGCAUCUUGGAAAAAUUCCUCUCACAAGUGUGUCCAGCCUAUGGAAAUUCCUGUGUUUGUAGACCUUACACUGUAAACACAUUUGAAAAUUGAUUAUUCAAAAAAAUAUUGAGAACCAUUAUUGACCAUUAUUUCUGACAAUUUAUACUGUUUAAUUUAGAUCAUAUAAAAUGUUUGGUUGUAAUGAACACUUGGAUUUGUACUCAUAAUUCAUAAAAGAGUUUUCGUGUUAAAUGAACUUUGACACUGUUGUUUUAAGGUUUUAAAUAGUGACAGUUUAAGUGGUAGAGUAGCUUAACUAUUUGUGAUAUGUUGUUAUUUAAAGUUUAAUAAAAAGUGCUGAAUACCA